GGUUUGGCAGUCAGCCUAUAUGCAAAUCUCUGGAGUUAGAUCAACCUCCUUUAACUUCCUCACUGUUCAGACAACAGACAGGCAUCUGGUGAGGAGUUGACUUGACACCCAGCUCAGAUGGUUGUUGGCCAAUGGGUUGUGUGAAGCCUUUACCGGUCCCCGCGCACUCGGCACAGCACACUCUUCACGACGCACUCCUGGUGAAGCCAUGAACAGACUCGGCGCCAGAUGCGUGGCUCUCUGCUGUCUCCUCCUGGAGCUGUGUCAAGGUGACAAUGAUAGACAGCCCCGAAACUUCUUCUGUUACAAUGACUACAUCAAAGAGAUGACGUGUACUUGGGAGGCUCUGCCUGGAGACAACUGCUCAGUGGAGUACAGACUAUUGUACAAACAGACCAUGGGCAUUAUCACGAUGGGGACUCUCAGACCGUACCAGAUCCCCAGCCGCAGCCUCUCUGAAGCUGACCAGUGUGUCUGCCAUAUUCAGGCGGAUUUCGUAUCAGCGAUGCAAUAUCAGAUAAAUGUCACCUACCGGGACCAUGUGAUUCUGUCCACCAGUGUGGUUCCAGCACAGACCAUUAAGCCUUUGCCCCCAUGCAAUUUGACAGUGAGCAGCACUCAGGGUAAGAUCCAGCACCUGAUGUGGGAGGAUGAUUACACAGAGGACACCUACCUCCACACCUCACUGCAGUAUCAGGUGUCUUACAACCGGCUCCAGGGGACCCAUGAUGUGCUAGUUUACCCGGUGAUUGGGAAGCAAGUCUCUCUGCUGGGGUUCCUGGAAGGUGGCUACACGUACACAAUCCGAGUGAGGGCGAAACCCAGCAACAAUUACAAUGGGUUCUGGAGUAACUGGAGCAGCGAGAAACAGUGGACUGAGGGUUCCCCUGAGCACAACCUGGACUCCAUCAUCGUUCCCAUCUGCCUUGGUGUUGUUGUCCUGAUUAUAAUGUGCCAUUAUUUCAUCAGAUGGGUAAAGAGGGGAAUCUGGGACAAGAUUCCUGCCCCCAAACUCUCCACACCAUUCACCAGGUUCCAGCAGGAAUAUUUCUUUGAUGAGAAACAGCUGGAGAACUGCAUAGUCGACAAGCUGGUGUGCUCAGGACCGAGUCGUGAUACUCUGUGGGAGAGCCGCCCGGAUUCCUGCCCCAGCUUUCCCGCAUUCCCAGCCCCCAGCCUCCAGCUGCUCCUCCCGUUCCGCCAUGACCUGAGGCUCGGUGCCCAGAUCCCGGCACCGCUCUUCCCGCUCUUCCCGACUAUUUGGCCUGGCCUGCCACCCGGCGGCCCGCGGGCCAGAGACCAGCUUGGGGGCCGGGGGGCAGGGGAGGGGUAUUCCCUGUUCAACAGCCUGGUGAAGCCGGAGCCGGAGGGCGAGGGGAUGGUGACCGAGGACAGGGAUUCUCCACUCACGCUGCCGUCCUAUUCCCUGGCGACCAUGGGGCUCCCCGGCUCCGAGUACAAGACCUUCAGCUGCGGGGUGAAUGCCAGCCUCCCGCAGGUGGGUGGGGAAGGCCACGCCGAGACGGGGUGGAGGAAAGCCUCGGACUACAUGCCCUGCGACCAGCUUGCGGCGAAGCCAGGGAGAGCCGCCGUGGGGACUGAGGAGCCCCGGGGUCCUCCGGAGCCAUCGUGGCCUCGGGGCCCCGGGCCCCUCUUCCCCCUACCCCCCGCAGCCCAGAGUGGGUGGCCGGAAGCCGGAGCCAAGCCUGGGGCCGGGGUUGGCACAGGCCCCGGCCAGAGCGGGUGGUGGGCGGGUGUCUCGGGCCUGGAGUCGGUGCCGCUGGACAGCAAGCGGGAGGGAAAGUACCUGGACCUUGGGUUCAAGGGCAAAUGUCACCCCAGGACCCCCGAGGGCGAAGCCACCCCCUACAUGAAGCUGUCCCUGGUUGGCAACGAGCAGAGUCCCUCCAGCAUGAAGCUACACCCUGCAGCGCCUCAGGACCCGUCCUCGUAUAGGCUAACCCUGUGCUAGAUCACGCUGCCCUGACCAGCCACUGCUCCCCUGGGAACUGUCUUCUUUCUCCCCCCCCCUCCACCGUAGUGCCCUCGCCUCCAAACCAGAGGGCGCGGGUUCAGAGGCGAAAUCCCACCUUUUUGAUGGUGUUUACGGUCACCUCCUCCCACCCUCUCCCCGCGGCUCGCUGUCA